AAAUAACUCUUGUUCUAGUUAUGACUCUAAUUAAAAAUGUGUCUCAGGACUUUAUUGGUCCAUGUGUUGAUCCUCUUGUUCUUGUGCUCUUUCAGUUUCGUCCGUGGAAACAGUGACUCAGGUUCAGGCCGCGGAACUGAAGCAGCACGCAGUUGCAGUCGGAAGUAUUUUUCCGGUGGACGGGAGCUUCCGGUGCAUGACGAGCUAACGGAAGGUGAAAGUGUUCGAGUCCGAGUCCGAGUCUCUCGCGUCGUUUGGACUUUUGUCUCCGAACCUUGAGCAGAGGACGAGUCUUCAGAGCCGGAGACGAUGCUUCACUUUUAUUUCACCCGGAGCAGGAAACUGUCCGUUGUAAUCAAGCUAAUGUGCUACUGUUAGCAUUGAGCUAACCGGCUACCCGUUCAGCUGGUGCUCAGCGUCCGGAGACAGAAGCUCAGGACCCGGACUCAGCGCCGCAGGUCCCCCCUCCCCCCGCCGGCUCCUCAGCGUUUCUCUCGCGGCUGUCAGGCAGCACAUCCCCGUUUCAUGUGAGCUCUGGGUCGGUGUCGACAGUUUAAUGGGAGGCGGGUUGUUUUGGAGGAGUGGACACUGCGGCCGUCAGCUGCGAGGAAAGCGGGGGUCCGGGCUCCCUGCCCCGCUCACAUGGAGUCUCUGGCCGAUUACGUGUACAAGGCAGCCAGCGAGGGUCGAGUCCUGACCCUGGCCGCGCUGCUGCUCAACCACUCCGAGGCGGAGACGCGCUUCCUGCUCAGCUACGUGACCCAGGUGUCCGGUCAGAGAUCCACCCCGCUCAUCAUCGCUGCCCGGAACGGACACGACAAAGUGGUCCGGCUGCUCCUGGACCACUACCGGGUGGACACGGAACAGACCGGCACGGUUCGGUUUGACGGCUACGUCAUAGAUGGAGCUACAGCUCUGUGGUGUGCGUCCGGAGCGGGACAUUUUGAUGUGGUGCGCCUGCUCGUGAGUCACCAGGCUAACGUGAACCACACCACCAUCACUAACUCCACCCCGCUGCGGGCCGCCUGCUUUGAUGGCCGUCUGGACAUCGUGCGGUACCUGGUGGAACACGAUGCAGACAUCAGCAUCACUAACAAGUACAACAACACCUGCCUGAUGAUCGCCGCCUAUAAGGGGCACACGGACGUAGUCAAAUUCCUGCUGGAGCGAGGGGCAAACCCCAACGCAAAGGCGCACUGCG